AUGACACCAUGUUGUUGCUCAUUCACUUCAUCAACCUCAAUAUCCAAAUUCAUCUCAGACCAACCACACCUCGCCAUGCUAGAAAACCAAUGCACCAACAUGAAAGACCUCCAGAAAAUCCAUGCCCACCUCAUCAAAACCGGCCUAGUCAAUGACACAGUUGCCGGCAGCCGUGUCUUGGCCUUUUGUGCCUCCCCGGUCGGAAACAUCAACUAUGCCUACGCAGUUUUCCGACAUAUCCACAACCCAAACCUCUUCAUCUGGAACACUAUCAUUCGAGGUUUCUCCAACAGCUCAAACCCUGAAGUUGCCAUUUCUCUUUUCAUUGACAUGUUGGUCACUUCAACUGUCCUGCCACAAAGGUUGACGUACCCUUCAGUUUUCAAGGCUUAUGCUCAAGUGGGGUGUGCCCAUGAUGGAGCUCAGCUUCAUGGGAGAGUUGUAAAGUUGGGUCUUGAAAGUGACCAGUUUAUAAGGAACACCAUCAUACAUAUGUACUCAAACUGUGGCUUCUUGAGUGAAGCAAGGAGAGUGUUUGAUGAAGACUUGGAGUUUGACAUUGUGGCUUGGAAUUCUAUGAUAAUGGGGCUUUCUAAAUGUGGUGAAGUUGGGGAGUCUAGAAGGCUGUUUGAUAAAAUGCCACAAAGGAAUUCGAUUUCGUGGAAUUCGAUGAUUGGUGGAUAUGUUAGGAAUGGAAUGUACACAGAAGCAUUGGAUUUAUUUGGUGAAAUGCAGAAGGAGAAGAUGAAGCCUAGUGAGUUUACAAUGGUGAGCCUGUUGAAUGCUUCAGCUCAAUUAGGAGCAAUUAGUCAAGGGGAGUGGAUUCAUGAAUAUAUAAGGAAAAAUCGUAUUCAACUCAAUGCAAUUGUUGUAACAGCAAUCAUCAAUAUGUAUUGCAAAUGUGGAAGCAUUGAAAAAGCUGUUCGUGUGUUUGAGGCAGCUCCUAUAACAGGGUUAUCUUGUUGGAACUCCAUCAUUAUGGGGUUAGCCACUAAUGGUUGUGAAGAAGAAGCCAUUGAGCUAUUCUCAAGGCUCGAAUCUUCGAGUUUUGUACCCAAUGAUGUCAGUUUUCUUGGUGUUCUAACCGCAUGUAGUCACUCCGGGAUGGUGGAGAAUGCAAGGAAGUAUUUUUCAGUAAUGAUAGAAACAUAUAGGAUUGCACCAUCCAUUAAGCACUACAGUUGCAUGGUUGAUGUUUUAGGCAGAGCCGGACUUCUUGAAGAAGCUGAGAAUAUCAUACACGGUAUGCCAAUAAAAGCCGACGCGAUCAUUUGGGGUUCUUUGCUCUCAUCUUGUAGAAAGCACAGAAACAUGGAGAUGGCUAAGCGGGCAGCAAAGCAUGUGAUUGAGUUGGAUCCGAGUGACAGUUGUGGUUAUGUGUUGAUGUCAAAUCUUUAUGCUGCCUCUAGUCAAUUUCAGGAAGCAAUGCGAGAAAGGCUUUUAAUGAAAGAGCAGAAGAUUGAGAAAGAACCGGGAUGCAGUUUGAUCGAAGUGGAUGGAGAGGUUCAUGAGUUUAUAGCUGGUGGAAGGCUGCAUCAAAAAGCCCCCGAGAUUUAUACACUAUUGAAUGGAUUGGGAUUUAUGUUGCAAGGAAAUGCAACAGAUUAUGAUGAACUUGCUGCCUUUUAA